AUGACGUUCCAACGAGGAGCUCAAGCUCGGGUUGGGAGUGGGACCCACGAAGACGGGCUGACCCUCAAGCCAGUUCAGCCCGAGCUCAAGCUCGAGGGUUGGGCUGAUGUCAUUGUUGACGCCAGGCUGGCGUCAACCCACUCAUUGUUUUUUCUGUUGCCACGUGGCGUCAUUUGGGCUCUCUGA